AUGCGUCCGAACCACGUCGAACCCCCAGGUAAGCGUCAAGCCUUGAAUCAUAUGAACGUAUCCCCUUCCUACCAUUGCCCCACGACCAAUGAUUACGAAACAACCCGUGAGCAGCUGCGAAUUGACGCGCGCCCGGGAGAACUUAAUAUGCCCCCCUCAAAUUUUCACGAGCAGCUGCGAGAAUCCCUCGCGCGCCCGAAUGCCUCGAAAACCUUGACUCGAGAUAACCGUCAAUCCGAACAACACUCAAUCGGAGAGCAAACGCGUGAACCUCCCCCGCGUACGGUUGAUUCGUCUCAGCCCCCUCGUCAGUCAGAAAGUACACGAAGAUACCAAGCGAUUCCUUCCCCAGUGCAACACGGUGCUCCCACACAGCAGCAGCUAGCAGCAAGGCAGUCCCUGGCUAAGGAACUUCCUCGAUUCUCCGGUGACCCUGCGGACUGGCCGAUCUUCAUUUCGAAUUAUCGCUACACGACUGAAGCUUGCGGUUUUUCGGAUGGAGAGAAUAUGCUUCGCCUCCAACGAUGUUUGACUGGACCGGCGCUGGAAACUGUGCGCAGUCGGUUGGUAUUGCCAGCAGCGGUGCCCCAGGUGAUCGAGACUCUUCGUAUGCGGUUUGGACGACCGGAACUGCUGAUAAAUUCUCUGCUGAGCAAGGUGCGGGAAAUCCCAGCUCCAAAGUCCGACAGGUUGGAAGGACUCAUCGACUUCGGGAUGGCGGUGCAGGCCUUAUGCGACCACAUUGAAGCGGCGAAUGAACGCGCUCACCUAUCGAACCCGUCUCUUCUGCAGGAACUCGUUACUAAACUUCCCGCGGACCAACGAAUGAUGUGGGCGGGAUACAAGCGGGGAUUCGAUCACGUCGAUCUAAAAACCUUCGGUGACUAUAUGGCGUCAGUGGUACAGGAUGCGACAAGUGUGGUGACCUUUGAGCCAGAAGGUAAAAGGGGCAGUGCUCGCGACCGUCCGAAGAGCAAGGGGUUCGUGAACGCCCAUGCAGUGGAAAGCGCGGGGAGUUCCGGAGUUUCAUCGAGCGAAUCGAGGGAAUCACCCAAACAAUUCGACUGCCUGAACUGCAACAAAAGUGGGCAUCGAGUGCGCGAUUGUGAAGUCUUCAAGAAAUUGGACAUCGACGAUCGCUGGAGAAGAGUUCGUGCGCUGUUGCUGUGCCAGAACUGCCUGUUUAACCAUGGACGUCGUGCGUGUCGAGGACGAAAGACAUGCGACAUUGAAGGCUGCCAGUUUCGCCACCAUCCUCUCCUCCACUCCCAAAGAGGACCACCAAAGUUGUCGGCACCGACGCCGAGAGUUCAGGUAGCCGAUAACCAUACCCACCAUCACGCAAUGUCAUCGAAACUCUUCCGUAUCAUUCCCGUGAUACUCCACGGUCGUAGUGGGUCAAUUGAAACUUUCGCCUUCCUCGAUGAGGGUUCUGACCUGACACUAGUGGAACACGACCUGGCUACUGCGCUGGGCGUGAAGGGGACGCCUCAUCCUCUAUGUCUUCGGUGGACUGGCGAUACUUCGCGAUUGGAGAAGGAAUCGCGACGGAUCACUAUCGAGAUCGCUGGAAAUGGGCAGAGCAAACGCCACAAGUUGGUGAACGCGAGGACCGUCAACAAUCUCAGUCUUCCCGUCCAAAGCUUCCAGGCCGAAGAAGCGGUGAAAGUGUACCCGCACCUAAAGGGCAUCCCAGUAAGCAGCUAUCAGAAUGCCAAACCCAAGAUCCUCAUCGGCAUCGACAAUCUGCAUCUGGCACUUCCGCUGAAGAUAAGAGAAGGUGAUGGAUCUGCGCCGGUGGCUGCUAAAACAAGGCUAGGCUGGUGCGUCUAUGGUCCUCGAGGAAGCAGCAAUCGUGAAUCGUACAGCUUCCACGUUGGAGAAUGCGCCUGUGACGAGAAGCUCCACGAGACGGUGAAAGAUUUUUUCGAUAUUGAGAACACUGGAACGGGUCUAGUGGAAACUCCGUUGACGAAGGAUGAUCAACGAGCGGUGACCAUCAUGGAAACUACAACUCGACGAGUUGCGGACCGUUUUGAGACGGGAUUAAUUUGGAAGGAGGACCAAGUGGAAUUCCCAAACAGCUAUACGAUGGCACUGCGUCGACUAGAAUGCCUUGAACGACGGAUGGAUCGUGACCCGGAGCUGAAGGAGAAUCUACAUCGACAAAUACGCGAAUACGAAGUGAAGGGCUAUGCACAUAAGGCGACGAAAGCGGAAAUGGAAGCAGCCGACCCAAGGAGAACGUGGUACCUACCAGUAGGAGCAGUCAUGAACCCCAAGAAACCGGGGAAGGUCCGUAUCAUCUGGGAUGCGGCCGCUAAAGUAGAUGGUGUAUCUCUGAAUAGUGCACUACUCAAAGGCCCGGAUCAACUAUCUUCUCUACCAGGGGUCCUAUUCCGCUUCCGUCAGUAUGGGGUGGCAGUAAGUUCGGAUGUUCAGGAGAUGUUCCACCAACUCCGGAUCCGAGAAGAAGACAAGAUUUCUCAACUAUUUUUAUGGCGCACUAAUCCAUCCGACAAUCCAACGGUGUACGUGAUGGAUGUUGCAACAUUCGGGAGCACCUGCUCGCCAGCAUCAGCACAAUUCGUGAAAAACCGCAACGCCGAGGAACAUUCCGAAGCCUACCCCGAAGCGGCAAAAGCGAUCAUUCACGACCACUACGUCGACGAUUAUCUGGCGAGCUUUAGCUCCGUGGAGGAAGCAGCAAAGGUGGCAAGCGAUGUGCGCUACGUUCAUGGCAACGGAGGAUUCAAGCUUCAUAACUGGCGGUCGAACAGCAGCACGGUGCUCAACAGACUAGGCGUAGUCCAACACGAUGCCGAUAAGGAGCUGGACCUGAUCGAAGGCGCGAAAACCGAAAGGGUGCUCGGUAUGCUUUGGAGUCCGUCAACCGAUGAACUGAGUUUCUCUACACAGAUGAGCGAAGAGGUGCAAACGCUGAUACGCACAACUACGAGGCCGACGAAGAGACAGGUGCUGCGAUGUGUGAUGACCCUAUUUGAUCCGUUGGGGUUGCUUUCGCCGUUCAUCAUCCACGGAAAGGUUCUGAUUCAGGACCUAUGGCGAGUAGGUACGGAGUGGGACGAACAAGUCAGUGAUGAGGUCUACAAGAAAUGGCAGAGGUGGAUACAGAUGAUCGAAUACAUAGCCGAGAUCCGAAUCCCAAGAUGUUACUUCCCUAGUGCUACUCGGAGGACCUACCAGAAUUCUGAAGUCCAUGUGUUCGUCGACGCAAGCGAGGUGGCGUAUUCUUGUGCGGUCUAUCUACGCACAUUCAACGAAGACGGCGAUCCGCAGGGUUGCCUAAUCGCCGCCAAAUCAAAGGUCGCUCCUCUGAAACCUUGGUCUAUUCCCCGGCUGGAACUACAGGCAUGUGUCUUGGGCGCACGGUGGUCGAAAUUCGUCAUAGAAAACCACAACGUUCCCGUAUCCAAGACCACGUACUGGACGGAUUCAAGAACAGCGCUAGCCUGGAUUAAAGCUGAUCCGCGUAACUAUCGACAGUUCGUCUCCUAUCGGAUAGGCGAGAUCCUGGAACAUUCAACGGCAGCUCAGUGGCGGUGGGUACCGUCAAAAUCCAAUCCAGCGGAUGAAGCGACGAAAUGGGGAAGUGGCCCGUACUUCGAUCACGACAGCAGUUGGUUUCAAGGACCCAACUUUCUACGAUUGCCGGAAAAAGAGUGGCCCCGUAUUAAAGAACCAGUGACCGCUACUAACGAAGAAAUGCGUGCAUCGAUUCUGCACCACCGAUCGUUUGAACCCGCAAUAGACUUCAAUCGGUUCUCAUCCUGGGAUAGGCUGCAACGUGCAACCGCAUACGCUCUUCGAUUCCUGCACAACACGUCCAAGAAGCGGCCGGAAUACUCCGGGCCGUUGCAACAAUCGGAACUUCGAGCGGCUGAAGAAACAAUCCUUAAGUUGGUACAGCAUGAAUCCUACCCAGAUGAAGUUGCCGCACUGUCGAAUAAAGCGCCGAACGAAGCGGGACAGGAGGUUAUCGGGAAGCAAAGCUCCAUCUAUCAACUGAUGCCAAUGCUGGAUGGUAACGGAUUGCUACGCGAGCGCGGUCGGAUCGAGAUAGCUGAACAUGUUCCCUAUGGCGUGCGACAUCCGGUGAUCCUCCCGAGGAAGCAUCGCGUCACGGAACUCUUAGUGAACCGAUACCAUCGCUAUUAUCACCAUGGGAACGACGAAACGGUGGUUAACGAGGUCCGGCAGCUAUACACAAUCCCUAGACUUCGAUUGGUGGUCAAGCAAGUGAAACGCGAUUGCGCCUUCUGCAAGAUUCGUCGAGCACGACCAACGAUUCCGCCGAUGGCACCACUUCCGGCUGCACGUCUAGCGCACCACGAACGACCAUUCACUUAUACUGGAGUGGACUAUUUCGGACCGCUGUUGGUGAAGCUGGGAAGAUCCAACGUCAAACGGUGGAUCGCACUGUUCACCUGUCUUACGGUGCGCGCUGUCCAUUUAGAAGUUGCCUACUCACUAUCAACGGAAUCAUGCAUUUCCUGCGUCCGCAGAUUCGUGGGUCGCCGGGGGCCACCAGCCGAGUUCUUCAGCGACAAUGGAACGAAUUUCCAAGGGGCGGACCGAGUACUGCAGCACCAAAUAAACCAAGGACUGUCCACAACAUUCACCGGUAGGAACACAAAAUGGAGCUUUAUACCACCGGGAGCACCACACAUGGGGGGAGCUUGGGAACGUUUGGUUCAAUCCGUAAAGACAGCGAUGGUAGAAGCGUACUCCGAGGGGAAGCUAGAUGAUGAAGGGCUGCAGACACUGGUCGUGGAGGCUGAGAAUAUGGUAAACUCAAGGCCUCUGACGUAUUUACCACUCGAGUCCGAGGAGGCAGAGGCACUCACACCGAAUCAUUUUUUGCUGCUGAGUUCGAAUGGGGUGAAGAGAAUCAGCGAAGGAGGCGAAGCGGUAGUUCGGGGACAGUCGCCAGAGCUAGUUCGUCGGCAAAUCCUAGGUAGAUCGUGGGAGCUGAUUCAACGCCAACUGGAGGCAUUCUGGAAGCGCUGGUUGAUAGAGUACCUGCCGGUGAUCCGUCGACAAACAAAAUGGUUUGAGGAAACCAGAGCACUCGAACCUGGAGAUCUGGUAAUGGUGGCGGAGCCAGCGAAGCGGAAUGGAUGGGAGCGAGGACGAAUCAUCCAUAUGAUCCCGAAUCCGGAUGGCCGGAAGCGAAGAGCAGUGGUAAAGAUUGGUGGAAAAACUCCAGUGCGGCCGGUGACAAGGCUGGCACUACUCGAUGUGAAGGAGAAACGUGAAGUUCCGGAGAACACCGGACUACACCCGGGGGAGACUGUCGAUGCAGGAUUCGAUGAGCUGCCCACCCUGUCAACCGACGUUUCCAAAGGCUGUUAA